AUGCACAGAAAGGCAGAGUAUCUCAAAGCUCUCGAACAAGAACGUCUCGACGCGAAACGCAAAGAAGCGGAACGGAAAGAGGAAGCCGUGAGGAAACGUGCACAAAGGCGCUUUAUAGCGGUUGACAAGACGUAUGAUUUGCGUUCCAAGGGUGGAAGCGCUGACAGCACAGCAAAGUGA